GUCGUGCUGAAUCUUAAUGAAGAUUUUUCGUGAAUCCUCUACAACUUCUGCCAAGGAUGACUGUGAUGACGAGGAGUUUGUUGGUGGGGGUGGUGCUAUGUGCUGUGUGCGUUGUCGCUAACGGAGGCGAGGCUGCCCCUGCUGUGAGGAGCAUACACGAACUGCAUGCGCGAGAUAUCGGUGGGAAGGAUGUGGCCUUGUCCAAGUAUGCCGGCCGGGUCCUUCUCAUUGCCAACGUGGCAUCCGAGUGUGGGUACACGGACAGCGGCUAUGAUGACUUGAAUGCACUGCACGAGCGGUUCCAUGCCAGUGGACUGCAGAUUCUUGCUUUUCCUUGCAACCAGUUUGGGGCGCAGGAGCCAGGAACGAACACCCAAGUGCUGCGCUUCGCACACAAGAAGGGCGCCAAGUUCCAACUCAUGGACAAAAUCAAUGUGAAUCCCCCGGACCAGCACCCCGUGUAUGCCUACCUCACAGCACAGGGCCGUGAUCAAGGCCCCGUUCAAUGGAACUUUGAGUACUUCUUGGUGGAUGCUGAGGGUCACGUUAUCCGCAGAUACAGAACAGGGACUCCGCUGACGUCGGAACGGGCGGUUGAGCAGAUUGCGGCGGCGCUGGAGGAUGCGCGCGUGUACAGAGCAGAGCGGCGGAAGCAGCAGGAGCAGCGCCUGCAGCACAAGUGGCGGCGGCCAGGCGACACGGGCCACCACCAGGAACUCUGACCACCAACGAACAACGAGCCAACACGGACGGAGGUGCAGUACGCACGGACAAAUAAAACCACAAACACGAAA